AUGACCACUGUUACCAUCUGCAAACCCCUGCACUACGGGACCCUCAUGGGCAGCAGAGCUUGUGUCAAAAUGGCAGCAGCUGCCUGGGCCAGUGGCUUUCUCAAUGCUCUCCUGCACACUGCUAACACAUUUUCAAUACCACUCUGCCAAGGCAACACAGUGGACCAGUUCUUCUGUGAAAUCCCCAAGAUCCUCAAGCUCUCCUGCUCAGAAUCCUACCUCAGAGAAGUCGGGCUUCUUGUGGUUAGUGCCUCUUUAGUCUUUGGGUGUUUCAUUUUCAUUGUGCUGUCCUACGUGCAGAUCUUCACUGCUGUGCUGAGGAUCCCCUCUGAGCAGGGACGACACAAAGCCUUUUCCAUGUGCCUCCCGCACCUGGCCGUGGUCUCCCUGUUUGUCAGUACUUCAUUUUUUGCCUACCUGAAGCCCCCCUCCCUCUCCUCCCCAGCUCCGGAUCUGGUGCUGGCUGUUCUGUAUUCAAUGGUGCCUCCAGGUGACAGAGUGGAGAUGUCCCAUGACCUGGGGAGAAUCCUGCCAGGAGAUGAAAGCCGUUUGCAGAAGACUGUUGUGUACGGAGUGAUAACAGCGUACUCAAGGGCCAUGCGAGUGGCCCAGGUGAGCUUCUCCUCUGUGAAGGUUUGCUUGUACCACUUGUGA